UGGUCCCUCGAAGGGAUCGGGAGGAGAUCGCAGGCCGCUGGGGAAGUCGAGCCGGAUGGUGGGGGAGGGAGGGGCGAUGUGAUGAGCCGCGAGUAGGCAGCGGGGCCUGUCCCGCGGACGAGCCCGUCAGGCCGAGCCGAAGGGCAAAGUAGUUCCCAGAAGGUGUUGGAACGGGCGGGGAGGGAGGCGGCACGGGCGGAGGCGCACGCCGGGUGCGGUGCUGCGGCUCAGCUGAUAAUUGAAGGGACCGGAGGAGCCGCCGCCGCCGCCGCCGGGGGGGGUGGGGGGAGCGAGUGGAAGUUACUGCCGCGCCACCGAGUCCGGACCGGAGACUUUGGGGCCCAACUAGGUAUCUUCCCAUUACACAAACUUAAGUACUGCUGAGAGGAAUUACUGAAGAGACUAUCAUUUGGGACCUUCGUUGUUGCAUCUCUUUUAGUGAAUGGUAGUGUCUAGAAAGGGUAUGUCCCUUCAAGAGAGAGGUGCCAAUGUCCAACCGGCCUAAUAACAAUCCAGGGGGGUCACUGCGACGUUCACAGAGGAACACUGCCGGGGCCCAACCACAAGACGACUCGAUAGGAGGAAGGUCACACUUAGGGCAGGCAAAACAUAAGGGAUAUAGCCCUCCUGAGAGUAGAAAAUCUAAUUCUAAGGCACCCAAAGUGCAGUCUAAUACUACUUCUGAACUGUCAAGGGGACACCUUUCUAAAAGAAGCUGCAGUUCAUCAUCUGCUGUCAUAGUCCCACAACCAGAGGAUCCAGACAGAGCCAAUACUUCAGAAAGGCAGAAAACGGGGCAGGUGCCUAAGAAAGACAAUUCUCGAGGAGUGAAACGCAGUGCUAGUCCAGACUACAACAGGACCAAUUCUCCUAGCUCUGCAAAAAAACCCAAAGCACUUCAGCAUACUGAAUCUCCCUCAGAAACGAGUAAACCACAUAGUAAGUCAAAGAAGAGACAUUUAGACCAGGAGCAACAACUGAGAUCUGCACAAUCGCCAUCAACAAGCAAGGCUCACACCAGAAAGAGUGGGGCCACUGCUAGUUCACGGAGUCAGAAAAGAAAGAGGACAGAGAGUUCUUGUAUAAAGAGUGGUUCUGUGUCAGAAGCAACUGGUGCCGAAGAGAGAUCUGCAAAACCUACCAAGCUGGCUUCAAAAUCGGCCGCCUCAGCCAAAGCUGGGUGUAGCACCAUCACUGAUUCUUCUUCUGCUGCCUCUACUUCCUCCUCGUCUUCUGCUGUAGCCUCGGCCUCCUCUACUGUUCCACCAGGUGCCAGGGUGAAACAAGGAAAAGACCAGAACAAGGCCAGGCGUUCCCGUUCAGCAUCCAGUCCCAGUCCCAGAAGAAGUAGCAGGGAAAAGGAACAGAGUAAAACUGGUGGCUCUUCGAAAUUUGAUUGGGCUGCGCGUUUCAGCCCUAAAGUUAGCCUUCCUAAAACAAAACUGUCUCUUCCAGGGUCUUCUAAGUCAGAGACAUCAAAACCUGGACCUUCUGGAUUACAGGCCAAAUUAGCAAGUUUAAGAAAAUCCACCAAGAAACGCAGCGAAUCCCCACCUGCUGAGCUCCCCAGUUUGAGGCGGAGCACACGCCAAAAGACCACGGGCUCCUGUGCUAGUGCCAGUCGGCGAGGCUCUGGCCUGGGCAAAAGAGGAGCAGCUGAAGCUCGUCGACAGGAGAAGAUGGCAGACCCUGAAGGCAAUCAGGAGACAGUGAAUUCUUCAGCUGCACGGACAGAUGAAACUCCCCAAGGAGCGGCAGCCUCUAGUUCUGUUGCAGGGGCUGUGGGCAUGACCACCUCUGGGGAGAGUGAAUCAGAUGAUUCCGAGAUGGGACGAUUGCAAGCUCUGUUAGAGGCCAGGGGUCUUCCUCCUCACCUGUUUGGUCCUCUUGGUCCUCGGAUGUCGCAGCUUUUCCAUAGAACAAUUGGAAGUGGAGCUAGUUCUAAGGCCCAGCAGCUUCUGCAAGGACUACAAGCAAGCGAUGAAAGCCAGCAGCUCCAGGCAGUUAUUGAGAUGUGUCAGUUAUUGGUCAUGGGGAAUGAGGAGACACUGGGAGGGUUUCCUGUCAAGAAUGUCGUUCCAGCUUUGAUAACAUUACUGCAGAUGGAGCAUAAUUUUGAUAUUAUGAACCAUGCUUGUCGAGCCUUAACAUACAUGAUGGAAGCACUUCCUCGAUCAUCUGCUGUUGUAGUAGAUGCAAUUCCUGUCUUUUUAGAAAAGCUGCAAGUUAUUCAGUGUAUUGAUGUGGCAGAGCAGGCCUUGACAGCCUUGGAGAUGUUAUCACGUAGACACAGUAAAGCCAUUCUACAGGCGGGUGGUUUGGCAGACUGCUUGCUGUAUCUAGAGUUCUUCAGCAUAAAUGCCCAAAGAAACGCACUAGCAAUUGCAGCCAAUUGUUGUCAGAGUAUCACACCAGAUGAAUUUCAUUUUGUGGCAGAUUCCCUCCCAUUGCUUACCCAAAGGCUAACCCACCAGGAUAAAAAGUCAGUAGAAAGCACUUGCCUUUGUUUUGCACGUCUAGUGGACAACUUCCAACAUGAGGAGAAUUUACUCCAGCAAGUUGCCUCCAAAGAUCUGCUAACAAAUGUUCAACAACUAUUGGUAGUAACUCCACCAAUUUUAAGUUCUGGGAUGUUUAUAAUGGUGGUUCGCAUGUUUUCUCUGAUGUGCUCCAAUUGUCCAACUUUAGCUGUUCAACUUAUGAAGCAAAACAUUGCAGAAACACUUCAUUUUCUGCUGUGUGGUGCCUCCAAUGGAAGUUGUCAGGAACAGAUUGAUCUUGUUCCACGAAGUCCUCAAGAACUGUAUGAACUGACAUCUCUGAUCUGUGAACUUAUGCCAUGUUUACCAAAAGAAGGCAUUUUUGCAGUUGAUACCAUGCUGAAGAAGGGAAAUGCACAGAACACAGAUGGUGCAAUAUGGCAGUGGCGUGACGACCGGGGCCUUUGGCAUCCCUAUAACAGGAUUGACAGCCGGAUCAUUGAGGCAGCCCAUCAGGUCGGUGAGGAUGAGAUAAGCUUGUCCACUCUGGGACGAGUUUAUACUAUUGAUUUUAAUUCUAUGCAGCAAAUCAAUGAGGACACGGGAACAGCACGUGCCAUUCAGAGAAAACCUAACCCCUUAGCCAAUACUAACACUAGUGGAUAUUCAGAGUUAAAGAAGGAUGAUGCUCGAGCACAGCUUAUGAAAGAGGAUCCGGAACUGGCUAAGUCUUUCAUUAAGACGUUGUUUGGUGUUCUUUAUGAAGUGUAUAGUUCCUCAGCAGGACCUGCGGUCAGACAUAAGUGCCUUAGAGCAAUUCUUAGGAUAAUUUAUUUUGCGGAUGCCGAACUUCUAAAGGAUGUCCUGAAAAAUCAUGCUGUUUCAAGUCAUAUUGCUUCCAUGCUAUCAAGCCAAGACCUGAAGAUAGUAGUUGGAGCACUUCAGAUGGCAGAGAUCUUAAUGCAGAAGUUACCUGAUAUUUUCAGUGUUUACUUCAGAAGAGAAGGUGUAAUGCAUCAAGUGAAACACUUAGCAGAAUCGGAGUCAUUGUUGACAAGUCCACCAAAGGCAUGUACGAAUGGGUCAGGAUCCUUGGGGUCCACGACAUCGGUCAGCAGUGGAACAGCCACGGCUGCCACUAAUGCCUCCGCUGACUUGGGAUCCCCCAGCUUGCAGCACAGCAGAGAUGAUUCUUUAGAUCUGAGCCCUCAGGGUCGAUUAAGUGAUGUUCUAAAAAGAAAACGACUGCCAAAACGAGGAUCAAGAAGGCCAAAGUAUUCACCUCCGAGAGAUGAUGACAAAGUAGACAAUCAAGCUAAAAGCCCCACCACUACUCAGUCACCUAAAUCUUCUUUCCUGGCAAGCCUGAAUCCAAAAACGUGGGGAAGGUUAAGUGCACAGUCUAACAGCAACAACAUUGAACCGGCACGAACUGCAGGAGUUAGUGGUCUUGCCAGGGCCGCCUCAAAGGACACCAUAUCCAAUAAUAGAGAAAAAAUUAAAGGUUGGAUUAAAGAGCAGGCGCAUAAAUUUGUAGAACGUUAUUUCAGUUCUGAGAACAUGGAUGGAAGCAACCCUGCAUUGAAUGUCCUUCAGAGACUUUGUGCUGCAACCGAACAACUCAACCUCCAGGUGGAUGGUGGAGCUGAGUGCCUUGUAGAAAUCCGUAGCAUAGUCUCAGAGUCAGAUGUUUCAUCAUUUGAAAUCCAACAUAGUGGAUUUGUGAAGCAGCUAUUGCUUUAUUUGACAUCUAAAAGUGAAAAGGAUGCUGUGAGCAGAGAGAUCAGAUUAAAGAGAUUCCUUCAUGUAUUUUUUUCUUCUCCACUUCCUGGAGAAGAGCCCAUUGGAAGAGUAGAACCAGUGGGUAAUGCACCUUUGUUGGCAUUAGUUCACAAGAUGAACAACUGCCUCAGUCAGAUGGAACAAUUUCCAGUCAAAGUACAUGACUUUCCCAGUGGAAAUGGGACAGGAGGCAGCUUUUCUCUCAACAGAGGAUCACAGGCUUUAAAAUUUUUCAACACACAUCAGUUAAAAUGUCAGUUACAAAGACAUCCAGACUGUGCAAACGUGAAGCAGUGGAAGGGUGGACCUGUCAAGAUUGAUCCCUUGGCUUUGGUGCAGGCUAUCGAGAGAUACCUUGUAGUUAGAGGGUAUGGAAGAGUGAGAGAAGACGAUGAAGACAGUGACGACGAUGGCUCUGAUGAGGAAAUAGACGAGUCUCUGGCUGCUCAAUUCUUAAAUUCAGGAAAUGUAAGACACAGGCUACAGUUUUACAUUGGAGAACAUUUGCUACCGUAUAACAUGACUGUGUAUCAGGCAGUACGGCAGUUCAGUAUACAGGCUGAAGAUGAACGAGAAUCCACGGAUGAUGAGAGCAAUCCUCUAGGAAGAGCUGGUAUUUGGACGAAAACUCAUACAAUAUGGUACAAACCCGUGAGAGAAGAUGAAGAAAGUAAUAAAGAUUGCGUUGGUGGUAAAAGAGGAAGAGCCCAAACAGCUCCAACAAAAACUUCCCCUAGAAAUGCAAAAAAGCAUGAUGAGUUAUGGAAUGAUGGAGUGUGCCCGUCAGUAUCAAAUCCUUUAGAAGUUUACCUCAUACCCACACCACCUGAAAAUAUAACUUUUGAAGACCCAUCACUAGAUGUGAUUCUUCUUUUAAGAGUUUUACAUGCCAUCAGUCGAUACUGGUAUUACUUGUAUGAUAAUGCAAUGUGCAAGGAGAUUAUCCCAACUAGUGAAUUUAUUAACAGUAAGUUGACAGCAAAAGCAAAUAGGCAGCUUCAAGAUCCUUUAGUAAUCAUGACAGGAAACAUCCCAACAUGGCUUACUGAACUAGGAAAAACCUGCCCAUUUUUCUUCCCUUUUGAUACCCGGCAAAUGCUUUUUUAUGUAACUGCAUUUGAUCGGGACCGAGCAAUGCAAAGAUUACUUGAUACCAACCCAGAAAUCAACCAGUCUGAUUCUCAAGAUAGCAGAGUUGCACCUAGAUUGGAUAGAAAAAAACGUACUGUGAACAGAGAGGAGCUGCUGAAACAAGCGGAGUCUGUAAUGCAGGAUCUUGGCAGCUCACGGGCCAUGUUAGAAAUCCAGUAUGAAAAUGAGGUUGGCACAGGUCUGGGGCCUACACUGGAGUUUUAUGCACUUGUAUCUCAGGAACUACAGAGAGCUGACUUGGGUCUCUGGAGAGGGGAAGAAGUAACUCUUAGCAAUCCAAAAGGAAGCCAAGAAGGGACCAAGUAUAUUCAAAACCUCCAAGGCCUGUUUGCGCUUCCCUUUGGUCGGACAGCUAAGCCAGCUCAUAUCGCAAAAGUUAAGAUGAAGUUUCGCUUCUUAGGAAAAUUAAUGGCCAAGGCUAUCAUGGAUUUCAGAUUGGUGGACCUUCCCCUGGGCUUACCUUUUUAUAAAUGGAUGCUACGGCAAGAAACUUCGCUGACAUCACACGAUUUGUUUGACAUUGACCCAGUUGUAGCCAGAUCAGUGUAUCACCUAGAAGACAUCGUCAGACAGAAGAAAAGACUUGAACAAGAUAAAUCCCAGACCAAAGAGAGUCUACAAUAUGCAUUAGAAACUCUGACUAUGAACGGCUGCUCAGUUGAAGAUCUAGGAUUGGAUUUCACUCUGCCAGGGUUUCCCAACAUUGAACUGAAGAAAGGAGGAAAGGAUAUACCGGUCACCAUCCACAAUUUGGAGGAGUAUCUAAGACUGGUUAUAUUCUGGGCACUAAAUGAAGGCGUUUCCAGACAAUUUGAUUCAUUCAGAGAUGGAUUUGAAUCAGUCUUCCCACUCAGUCAUCUUCAGUACUUCUAUCCGGAAGAACUCGAUCAGCUCCUGUGUGGCAGCAAAGCAGACACUUGGGAUGCAAAGACACUGAUGGAAUGCUGCAGGCCAGAUCACGGUUAUACUCAUGACAGUCGGGCUGUGAAGUUCUUGUUUGAGAUUCUCAGUAGCUUUGAUAACGAGCAGCAGAGGCUGUUUCUCCAGUUUGUGACGGGCAGCCCAAGAUUGCCUGUUGGAGGCUUCCGGAGCUUGAAUCCACCUUUGACAAUUGUCCGGAAGACCUUCGAAUCAACAGAGAACCCCGAUGACUUCCUGCCCUCUGUGAUGACCUGUGUGAACUACCUUAAGUUGCCAGACUAUUCGAGCAUCGAGAUCAUGCGGGAGAAGCUGUUGAUGGCAGCGAGGGAGGGGCAGCAGUCGUUCCAUCUUUCCUGAUCACAAGGAGGAACAGUGUCUGCCCGUUGCAGCAAAAGAGAAAAAUCAUGAUUUCUUUUCUAAAUGUAUCACCCGAGUCAAGGAAACAUGUUACGCCUUCUUGUUGUAGGAAAACGGCUUGCAGAUUAUAAAAGAGACACUCGGUUCCUAUUCGUUAAUGGCCCCAUGGACUUAAAGUGAUCAGGCCCUAAAACGUUGUUGUGAUGAGGUUUCUUUAGCAAGUUCUUGUUUAAAUUAUCAUUUAUUUGAAGUGAAGUUUUUAACUUGCUUUGCUGUGUGAAAUUUAAAAAAGGGAUGUUUUUCCAGGCUGAAACAAUAAAUGUCGCUGUGCAGUUUAA